AUGUGGGAGGCCUUCAUUAGUUUGAAGAGACGCACGUACCUUGAGGACAACCAAGAAAGAUUCAGAUUAUAUGGCAAUACCCUCCAAUAUAAGGUGCUUGGAAGGAGAAUCAUCAAGACCGUGGAUCCCAAAAACAUCCAGACCAUUCUCGCACGGAACUUCCAAGACUACUCACUUGCGAAUCAGCGGCAGGGGUUCUUGUCCAUUCUGGGACAUGGGAUUUUUACUACUGAUGGCCAAGCUUGGAGCGACUCGCGUUCAAUGCUGCGGCAGAAUUUCAAGGGCAUACACGAACGGGUGGAAAUGUUUGAACCACACAUCACCAAAAUUUUUAAUGCUAUCCCUACAGAUGGAACAAUUGUUGAUCUCCAGAGCCUAUUUUGUGAUCUGACCUUGGACACAGCUACUGAAUUCCUCUUUGGGGGAUCAAUAGAUUCUUUAAACAUGGGAACUGGUGGACAUCGUGAACAGAGCUUUGCCCUAGCAUUCGACUAUUGUAUGGCUCAACUGGGAAAUGACAUUCGAACUGGCCGACCAGUUUGGUUUCCGGAUCAAAAGCUCAAACGUUAUACUAAGGUCAUCCAUAGAUUUGUUGACGUGUACGUUCACCGCGCUUUGGAGGUGUCAGACCACAGCGAAAACAACAUUGAGCAAAAGCAUCCCGUUUUUCUUCACGACUUGGCCAAAAAAACCAGAGAUCCCAUUGUCCUGCGUUCUGAGGCACUCAACAUCUUACUCGCUGGCCGCGAUACGACCGCCAGUCUCCUGAGUAACAUGUGGCAUACACUAGCCAAUCAACCAGAUAUUUGUCAAAAGCUUCGCUCUGAGGUUGACGCGCUAGGUGGGCAUCGACCAACCAUUCAGCAGAUUAAAUCUAUGGAGUAUUUACGUUUUUUCAUUAACGAGUCUCUCCGUCUAUAUCCAGUCGUACCAGCAAACAUCCGUACGGCAGUCCGGGAUACGAUACUUCCCGUCGGCGGUGGGCCUGACGGAAAGUCUCCUGUCUUCGUUCCAAGGGGAACGUCAGUGUCUUAUCACCCAUAUGCCUUACAUCGGAGAGAGGAUAUAUUCGGACCCGAUGCGAUGGAAUUCAAGCCUGAGCGUUGGAAGAAACUAAGACCUGGUUGGGCAUACAUACCGUUCAACGGAGGACCUCGCAUCUGCCUUGGACAGCAACUUGCCCUCGCCGAAGCCUCAUACACAACAAUUCGGCUCCUCCAAGAAUUCAAGACUAUCGAGGCUCGUGGUCCUAGAGAAUGGCGAGAGCACCUCACACUCACCUGCACAAGCGGUGUCGGGGUAAAGGUUGCUCUUGGCCGCUGA